CUUCGAUCGUAUCGCUUUCUCCCUUUUUUAGUUAGCGUUCUUUGAGAAACUCAAAUCAUUCAACCAACCAAUGGAAACUCGAAAUCUCAGCCCUCUUAUUGUCCUUCACACUUCAUAGACCUCAUUCUGUACAUUUCAAUUUUUGUUUGGUUGGUCUUGAAUCCUUUUUGUAAUGUUGGUUGGUUCUGUCAUAAUCGAUUAUUAAUACCAAAGUUUCCAGAUUGAUUCUGUUCUCGUUCCUGCGUUGAGAUAUUGGGUCGUAUCAAAUUUUUGGUUUCAGAGCCAAAGGGACGUCUCUAGAGGGAGGAUUGUUCUUUUUGACGAAUAUUUGUUGUUGGUAUUGAUUCUCAGAGCAACCUUUUCCCCUCAUCUAGUUUCCUUCUUUAUGAAUUAUUUGCUUUUCGGGUGGAGUGCGGUCAUUCACUUGUUCUGAUUUCUGUAUCUUGAACGUGCUUACGAUCGAUCGUAGGAGCGGCAUCGGCCACGGCAGCGGGUUCGCGGUCGCCAGAGAUGAGCUUCGGAAGCACUUCUUUGGGUUCUGGAAGUAGAAGUGCAAGGACCUUUGAGUUUGGGAGGACUCAUGUCGUUAGGCCCAAAGGUAAACAUCAGGCAACCAUCGUCUGGCUUCAUGGUCUUGGUGACAAUGGCUUAAGUUGGUCCCAGCUGUUGGAAACUCUACCUCUUCCUAAUAUCAAGUGGAUUUGCCCAACAGCGCCCACCAGACCAGUAGCCAUAUUUGGUGGAUUUCCAUGUACUGCAUGGUUUGAUGUUGGAGAUCUUUCUGAGGAAGGUCCUGCUGAUGUGGAAGGUUUAGAUGCUUCAGCUGCACAUGUUGCAAAUUUGUUGUCAACUGAACCUGCUGAUAUUAAACUUGGGGUUGGAGGCUUCAGUAUGGGUGCCGCUACUGCAUUGUAUUCAGCAAGUUGCUGUGCUCAUGGAAAAUAUGGAAAUGGAAAUCCUUAUACUGUCAACAUUAGUGCUGCUGUUGGUCUAAGUGGCUGGCUUCCAUGUGCAAAGAGCUUGAAAGACAAAAUUGGUGAGUCAGAAGAAGCUGCAAGACGUGCAGCAUCCUUACCUCUUCUACUCUUGCAUGGCAAAGGUGAUGAUGUUGUUCGCUACAAGUUUGGAGAGAAAUCUGCAGAGGUUUUAACCUCUUCAGGGUUUCGCAACAUGACAUUUAAAUCAUACAAUGGUCUAGGUCACUACACAGUACCUGAAGAGAUGGAUGAUUUCUGCAAAUGGAUCGUGGCGUCUCUGGGGCUUGAGACUUCACGCUGAUAAUGUGAGGAAUAUUUGUUCUGCUCAUGCAGUGAGGGAGAUGACAAUUAGAGCAGGCUGCAUUAAGACAAUUUGGCAUAUCAGUGAGCAAAUUGGUUGAGAUGGUGUGGUAGUUACUUGAGCUUUAGGGUCAGCUGCCCCGUAGAAUACAAACGGUUAAAUGUGCUUCCACAGUUGGGUUAUAUUUAACACUAUUAUCGAAUCGAUUCUGCUAAUUAAUGCUAUUGGGGUCAUAUUUGUAAUGGUUGCCAUUCUUUUGGGACUUUGGUUUUCCAAUUGCAGUGGUUUGAUAUUGGUUAUGGUACUAAAAAGUUUGUCUUAAUGGUCUAUCCUUGAUAACAUAUUAUCUGCAAUUUCUCGAGGCCAAAAGAAAUGGCUGCGCUACAUGGCAUUUAUUUCUUAUCAA